AUGGGUUCCUGUCUUGAGAGAAUAAAUAAGAUGGAAGCGAGAGGUAAUGGCAGUGGUAGUAGUAAAGAAGAUGCGUUGAUACAGAGUGAAGAUACAGAGAUACUAGACUAUGACUAUGUGUUGAUACAGAGUGAAGAUAUGGAGAUACUAGACUAUGAUUGGGAUCAAACUGUAGGAGAUUUGGAUUGGUGUAGACAAAUCGAAGAUGAUAAUAUUAGUGAGACUAAUAUGAUAAAUCUGGACAACCACAAUGAUAAGAAUGCAGUUGAUGGAGAUGGGGAAGGAGGUAAUGAGAGAAAGAAGAAAAGCAGAGGAAAGGCUGAACCAAAUGACAAUUGUGCAAUGAGAUAUAAUUUUGGCUCUGAUUAUGCAGACAGUGACAAUUUGAAGUCUCCACUAAAAUCAGAUGAUGAGCAGGAGAAUGCUGGAUAUUCUGAAUUUAGUUUUGAUGAUGGACCAAUACCACAAUUUGAAGUUGGCCAAAUAUUUUCUGAUUUAAAGACAUUUAAAAAUGCAGUGAAGGAUUAUGCAAUGAAGGGAGGUUAUAGUGUGCGUUAUAAAAAGAAUGAACCAAAGAGACAGAGAUUGAUAUGUUGGGGUGAUUGCAAGUGGCAACUAUAUGCCUCUGCCAUACACGGGGAAGAUCAGACAACAUUGCAAGUAAAAAGGUAUGAUGCUAAACAUAGUUGCAUUAGGACUCGAUACAACACACAAUGCACGACUAAAUGGGUUGCAGAAAACUGUUUUGAGUUAGUACUACGCAGACAAGAUACAAGACCAGUUGAUAUUAUGGAAGACAUACACACAAGAUUUAAUUUUCAAAUCUCAAAGAGUACAGCUUGCAGAGCUAGGGCAUUGUGUUUAGAAAAAAUUAAUGGUUCUGAAGUACAACAAUUCCAAAAGUUGUACGAUUAUUGUAAUGAAUUAGUUGAAUCAAAUCCCGGGACCAUUGUGAAAGUGAAGAAAGUUUAUCCUGAAUCAGAGAAUGAAGCAAGGUUUCAAAGGAUUUAUAUAUGUUUCUCAGCUUUGAGGGAUGGGUUUAAAAAUGGGUGUAGACCAUUUAUUGGGUUAGAUGCAUGCCAUUUGAGAGGAAACAUGAAGGGUGUUAUCCUUACAGCUUGUGGGGUAGAUGGCAAUAAUUGUAUGUAUCCAUUUGCUUUUGCAAUUGUUGAGGGUGAGAGGGCCAUUACAUGGGAGUGGUUUAUGGAAUUAUUGGUUGCAGACAUUGGCAGUGGAGAUGGGCAAGGGUGGACUUAUAUGAGUGACAAACAAAAGGGGUUAAUUAGAGCAGUAGGAGAUUCUCAACCAGAAGCUGCUCAUAGGUUUUGUGUUAGGCAUCUGUACCAAAACUUUAAGGAGAGUUUCAAGGUACUUCAUUUUACAUGA